AGUUGAAGUACAGAAUUCACAAGUACCUCUUUUAUAAAAAAACAAAUAAUAUAAGAAAAUAUGGCUAAAUUUUUGAUUGUCUUCCUUGCACUCAUUGCUGUUGUCCUCGCUGGCGGAUAUGGCCAAGGCGGACAUGGUCAACAAGUCGGACAUGGUCAACAACAAGGCCAUGGCGGUUUCGGUGGUCAACAAGGCCAUGGAGGAUUUGGUGGUCAACAAGGCGGACAUGGUCAAGGUGGAUUUGGCAAGGAUAGUCAUGGAUCACAUGGAGGAUUUGGAUCACAAGGUGGUCAUGGAAACCAGGGUCAUGGAAACCAAGGACAUGGCAAUCAAGGACAUGGAGGUCGCGGAGGACAUUAUUAAGAAUUCGAAGGAUAACGGCAUCACUAAAUAAAAACUAAUAUGAAAAAUUUAA